AUGUCAGCUAAACCAAAUACUGAUGAAAAAGGUGAGUUCAAAAGGCAGUCGUCGUCAUUUAGAGAGAUAAUCUCUGCGGAACACCCAAUCUACAAGCCUGCCAGUGGAAGGUAUUGGUUGUACGUGGCGUUGGCAUGCCCCUGGGCGCAUAGAACCUUAAUCACGAGAGCCCUGAAGGGACUGGCGCCUGUAAUCGGGUGCAGCGUAGUACACUGGCACCUGGACGACCAGGGCUGGAGGUUUCUUGAGGCGCGGGACGGGAAAACCAACGAAAGGCACUGGUUUGACAUUGCAGGCGGCAUUAACUCGGCUAGUUCAAACGGCAGUACCCCAGUCGCGAACAUAGUCGAUAGCGCGCAUAGACUCUUGAUUGAUGGAACGAAUGAACCCAAUUACGGGCACAAGAGACUAAGUGAGCUGUACAUCAAAACAGAUCCUGGCUACGACGGAAGGUUUACCGUGCCCAUUCUGUGGGACCUGGAAACGUGCACGAUCGUCAACAACGAAAGCAGUGAUAUCAUCAGGAUCUUUAAUUCGUCUGCGUUUGAUGAGUUCGUCGGAGAAGAACACCGUCGGCUGGACCUGGUGCCCCGACCACUGGAAGGCCAGAUCACAGUUUUCAACUCUUGGGUGUACGACAAGAUCAACAACGGGGUGUACAAGACCGGUUUUGCAGAGAGUGCAGAAGUGUACGAGAGAGAGGUCACCAGCCUCUUCCAUUACCUCGACAAAUUGGAAAUCCUUCUGGACGAGAAAUACUCGAAAUUAGAAGCGGAGUACGGCAAGACCAGCCAGGAUAAGAUAUUGGCUCGGUACUUCGCCAUCGGGGACGCUCUGACCGAGGCGGAUGUGAGACUUUACCCGACGAUAGUAAGAUUCGACGUGGCAUACCACCAGCACUUCAAGUGCAACCUCGCCACCAUCAGAGACGAUUAUCCCCGUAUUCACACGUGGCUAAAAAAUAUGUAUUGGCGCCACGAGGCCUUCCAGCGCACAACGGACUUUAACCACAUAAAGCUCGGAUACACGCGGUCGCAGCCACAGGUCAAUCCGCUCGGGAUCACCCCCCUGGGGCCCAAACCUGACAUCUGGCCUCUAUGA